AUGUCUAGAGUCAGGCGACAUCAUGUGACAUCAAAUGUCAAAGGAGGGAGUGUGACCAGUUCUCCCAAGAAAGCAGGAGGUACAGAAACAGGCAUUGCAAGAGUUGUGGAGGUAGCAUUUCAAGGACUAGGAGGAGAAAAGGGGGCGCAGCAGCCCUGCCUGGCAGUGAAAGGGCCGCCCUGGAAUCUGUGGGCAGGUCCGCAGCACGUAGAGUCCAUCCCUCGUCGCUGGAGUGUGUGGGAGGCCCGGCUGGAGCACUUCACGAAGAGCUUAAAAUCGGAAUUAGAAGAAGCCUCUGAAAUAAUUAAAGCUGACUUGUUCAUUGAGAAGAUGGUGGCUUGGCGAAGGAAGGAUUUGGCUGUUUUGGAGCAGGCAUGCCCUUGGAUUUCCAUUCCAAACAUGGCUAAUCUGCUGGCUCUUGUUUUUAUCCUUUCCACAAGCAGUUCUCUUGGAGGGACUAGAAGCAUGCGUAUCUCCGUGUGGCUUGUGAAGGGUCUAGAGGCAGCGGAGAUGGAGUGGAUCCUGAGGAGGAAGACUGAUGUGACUUGCGCUCUGCUCCAAGGGCAUUCCUCGACUCCUGUGCGGCAGGAAACUGUCCCCCUAAUCCUGGCUCUUUUCUCCAAGAAGAAGCAGACCCCCUCUUCAUGUGUUGAAGACAUCGUGGCAAUAAUGAUUCCUGAACCAAAAGGGAAGGAGAUAGUAAGCCUUCUGGAAAGGAACAUCACCGUGACAAUGUACAUCACCAUUGGAACCCGGAACUUGCAGAAAUACGUGAGCCGCACUUCGGUUGUGUUUGUCUCCAUCUCCUUCAUUGUCCUGAUGAUCAUAUCCCUCGCGUGGCUGGUCUUUUAUUAUAUCCAGAGGUUUCGAUAUGCAAAUGCCAGGGACAGGAACCAGCGCCGACUGGGAGAUGCAGCAAAGAAAGCGAUCAGCAAGCUCCAGGUCAGAACCAUCAAGAAGGGCGACAAGGAAACAGAGCCCGAUUUUGAUAACUGUGCAGUUUGCAUUGAAGGGUACAAGCCCAACGACGUUGUACGGAUCUUGCCCUGCCGGCAUCUUUUCCACAAGUCCUGUGUUGACCCCUGGCUUCUAGACCAUCGCACCUGCCCCAUGUGCAAGAUGAACAUUCUUAAAGCCCUAGGGAUCCCGCCCAAUGCUGACUGCAUGGAUGACUUGCCCACUGACUUCGAGGGAUCUCUGGGAGGCCCACCCACCAACCAGAUCACGGGCGCAAGCGACACGACUGUAAACGAAAGUUCAGUCACUUUGGACCCUGCUGUCCGGACGGUGGGAGCCUUGCAGGUGGUCCCGGAUACCGAUCCUACCCCGCAGGAAGGAGAAGUCAUCUUCACUACUAACAGCGAGCAGGAGCCAGCUGUAAGCAGUGAUUCUGACAUCUCGCUGAUUAUGGCAAUGGAAGUUGGACUGUCUGAUGUAGAACUUUCCACUGACCAAGACUGCGAAGAGGUGAAGUCUUGA